AUCCCGUCAGCGGCACUGACGAUCACCACCAUGGUCCACCUAUCCAGAGUGAAAAGGGGCAAGCAGGCCCACAAGCCUCAGCAGGAGCAAGACCAAGGCGAAGGCGCGGCGGAUCCGUAUGUGUAUGGAACUCAUUAUGCCACCGAGGAGCUGCCGGAGCAUGUCAUGUCCGAGCGGGAGAUGCCCGCCGAUGUUGCUCUCCGCUUGAUCAAGGAUGAAUUGAGCUUGGAUGGAAACCCUCUGCUCAAUCUGGCGAGUUUCGUCACCACUUAUAUGACUGCGCACAUCCAGAACCGCUGCAUUAAUAUGAUCGCGAAUUUACUGAACGCGCCCGUCACCGCAGAGAAUGGGGACCAGGAUUGCCUCGGGACGUCCACGAUCGGAUCAUCGGAAGCCAUUAUGCUGGCGACCCUGGCCAUGAAGAAACGCUGGCAGAACCGGCGCAAGGCCGAGGGGAAAGACUGGACGCGUCCGAAUAUCGUCAUGAACAGUGCGGUGCAGGUGUGUUGGGAAAAGGCAGCGAGAUACUUUGACGUCGAGGAGAAGUACGUCUAUUGCACCGAUACGCGAUACGUGAUAGAUCCGAAGGCCGCAGUGGACAUGGUGGACGAGAAUACAAUCGGUAUCUGUGCCAUCAUGGGCACGACCUACACGGGACAGUACGAAGACGUCAAGGCGAUCAAUGACUUGCUCAAAGCGAAGAAGAUCGACUGCCCGAUUCACGUCGACGCAGCGAGUGGCGGCUUUGUGGCGCCGUUUGUCAGACCAGAGCUGGAGUGGGAUUUCCGACUGGAGAAAGUCGUGUCGAUUAAUGUCUCUGGACACAAAUAUGGAUUGGUCUACCCCGGCGUCGGUUGGGUCUUCUGGCGCUCUCCUGAAUAUCUACCCGAAGAGCUCAUCUUCAACGUGAACUAUCUCGGCUCCAACCAGGCCACCUUUACGUUGAACUUUUCCAAGGGUGCCUCCCAUGUUAUCGGCCAAUACUACCAACUGAUCCGACUAGGCAAGCAUGGAUAUCGGUCGAUCAUGCAAAACCUGACGAAGAUAUCGGAUUACUUCGCAGACGAGGUCAAGAAGCUCGGAUUCUUGAUCAUGAGCGAUGGCCACGGUCGCGGCCUACCCCUCGUGGCGUUCAGAAUGAAGCCCGACGACGACCGACUGUAUGAUGAAUUUGCGUUGGCGCAUGUUCUUCGCCAACGCGGAUGGGUCAUUCCGGCAUAUACAAUGGCUCCGCAUAGCAACCAGUUGAAGAUGAUGCGUGUGGUCCUGCGAGAGGACUUUACCAUGCAUCGGUGUAAUAUACUGAUUGAGGACAUCAAGGCCGCGUUGAAGUCAUUGCAAGAGAUGGAUGCCGAGAUGAUCCAGAAGUACACACUGCAUCUUAAGGCGCACAGCGACAGGAAACUACCGCAGCAGCAUGCACAUUACAAGCACGAAAAGCACUCGUUGCAGGGUAAGACUGGCAAGACGCACAGUGUAUGUUGA